AUGGCCGACAUUUCGAACGGACAUGCGAACGGGAAUGCCAGCGUGGAUGCCCUCAAGAACAACCUUGCUGCCACCUACAACAAUGUUACCAGCGGCCCUGUAGCUCAGAACAUCAAGGCCGAGGGCGCGAGAACCACGGAUGAGCUUUCCAACUUGGCCAACUCUCGCCGCGCUCCUUCGUACACCGCGGCUACUGGCCAGCCCUUGACUCAUUACCACUCCUUCUUCUCGGAGCUGUUGUCAUGGAAGAAUCCUCGCGCCUCUGGAAUUGCCUACCUCACAAUCGUCUCGUUCAUCUUCUCGGUUAGAUACCUGGAUGUGCUCCGAUGGGGUCUCAAGCUCACAUGGAUGGCCCUCGGUGUUACCAUUGCCGCCGAGAUCGCCGGAAAAGCCAUUUUGAACAAUGGCUUUGCUACCCAGCUCCGCCCUCGCAAGUACUACACUGUUCCUCGAGAGACACUUGAUGCCGUUAUUGGCGACGUCAACGAACUUAUCAACUUUGGUGUGAUCGAGUCCCAACGCAUCCUUUUCGCUGAGAACAUCUGGGCUUCCGCUGCUAUUGCCCUCGGCGCCUUCAUCUCGUACUACUUGGUCAAGGUUGUUCCGUACUGGGGUCUUGCUCUCAUCGCCACCUCCGUCAUCUUCUUCGCCCCUCUCAUUUACACCACCAACCAGGAGCUUAUCGACAGCCAGAUCCAGCACGCUGGUGAGAUUAUCAAUGACCAGACCGAGCAGAUCCGCUCCUUGGUCCAGAAGAACACCGAGCAAGCCACCCAGGUUACCAAGCAGUACAUGGGCGACUACACCGCCAAGGCUCAGUCCUUGAUCAAGGGUGCUGUUGGUCAGGAGAAUGGCCACAAAUCCGAGCUCAAGCCGACUGACUUCCCCGUCGCUCCCAAGGAGGACAUCAAGUCGGAGCCUAUUGCUCCCCCUACCAAGGCCGGUGAGGAGGAGCCUUUGAUCGCUGCUUAA